CGAGUGAUGUCCUUACAAGGUACAAUUGGUCCCGCAAAAAACAAGCCCUCAUAUGGGUCUGUAGGGAGGAAGCGAGGAGGGAAAAAAAAGUGCUUUGUCCCUAAGGGUUAAUCAAUACACUUUAGAAAGAUAAAACCAGAAAACACAGAAAAAAAAAUAAUAAUUAAAACUAUGAUAAUAAAGCUAAACUGUCGCACCCGCCAUUAGAGGCGCUGUUCACAUUAUGUCAAACUAAACAACGCAGCUAAAAAGUUCACGGUCACUCCGCCUGGCCCCACCCCCUCCAUGCUGAGCGCUGAUUGGCUGCUCCGUGAACCUCCCUCCAAUAAGAUCACGUCCUGCAGCGCUGUCAGCUGUUGCUAGCAGGGAAGAGGGCGUCUUAUUCGUCGCCUGAUUGGCUGCCACUUAUCACGUGGCGUCACUUUUGCGACAGCUUUCUGUGGUAACUGUGCUCUUCGCUCUCAAGUCGGAACCAAGUGCAGGCUGCUGAAUGUGAGGACGGUUCCUAAUUAUCGAGGCACCGAAGUAGCUGAUAUUGUUACGCCUGUGAUUAUUAAUAAAGUUUUGUAAAUGCGCAUCUGAGAUUGUCGGUUGACGUGAACAUCGUACUUGAACCUAGAGCUCCAGGUGUCACGUGUAUGUUGAAUGCGCAUGAGCAGCCAUUUUGCCGUAGUUCCAUUUCCUUUCUAAAUAUUACUAUUGGUCUCCAAGAAAAUGUCUGCAGCACAUUGAGCUAGGGACACCUGUUACUUAGGACGUCUCUCGGGGUAGUAAACAGAACUACUCGGAGGGCAUUACAGUAGGUGUUGUUAGAAUGUGAGUACUGGACAUGCGCAGAUGUCAGAGCCAGCUCUGCGUGCGCGGCCGGGGGCGUGGUGCUGAGUGACGGCUCGUUACCCUAGGCAGGUGGCGCUGCGGAGCGGGCUGAGGAUCUCCGGCAGAGCCGUCUGGAUCUCGCACAGAAGCGCAGCCAAUGCUCUCCGGACCCGCGGAUUAAAUGUGCAGCGGGCGGAGAAGGAGGGAAAACAACGAGACUCGACCCCUCGUCCUCCUCCCCUGGGGGAAGCCGGGACCGAACACCUCCCUGGGGGGAGAGGCUGCGGCUGGGUCCCCCUGAGAAAUUGCUGGGAAUUUAUUGGGCUUAAUCCACGGUGUAACCUCACGCUGGGCCUGCCUCUGAGACAUUGUCGCCAUGGCAGUGUGGAUCCAGGCACAGCAGCUCCAGGGCGAUGCCCUACGUCAGAUGCAGGCUCUGUACGGACAGCAUUUUCCUAUAGAAGUACGGCAUUACCUGUCGCAUUGGAUAGAGUCUCAGUCAUGGGACUCUGUGGACCCAGAAAACCCACAGGACAGUAUGAAGGCCACACAACUGCUGGAAGGUCUGGUGCAGGAACUGCAGAAGAAAGCGGAGCACCAAGUGGGUGAGGACGGCUUCUUACUGAAGAUUAAACUCGGCCAUUAUGCUACACAGUUCAAGAAUACUUACGAAAGAUGCCCGAUGGAGCUUGUUCGCUGCAUUCGACAUAUAUUAUACCACGAGCAAAGACUAGUGCGGGAAGCAUCUAACUCCAGUUCACCGGUUGGCGGCCUUGUAGACACCAUGUCUCAGAAGCAUCUCCAGAUCAACCAGACGUUUGAAGAACUGAGACUUAUCACUCAGGACACAGAGAACGGACUCAAGAAGCUGCAGCAGACACAAGAGUAUUUCAUUAUCCAGUAUCAGGAAAGCCUGAGAAUUCAGGCUCAAUUUUCCCAGCUGUCACAGCUAAGCCCUCAAGAGCGCAUGCCACGUGAGGCCACGUUACAACAGCGGCAGGCUUCCCUAGAGGCCUGGUUACAGAGGGAGGCCCAGGCCCUGCAACAAUACAGACUGGAUUUGUCAGAGAAGCACCAAAAAACCCUGCAGCUCUUACGCAAGCAGCAAACAAUCAUCUUGGAUGAUGAGCUGAUUCAGUGGAAGAGACGGCAGCAGCUGGCGGGGAACGGGGGUCCACCUGAAGGCAGCCUAGAUCUUUUACAGACCUGGUGCGAAAAACUUGCAGAAAUAAUCUGGCAGAACCGACAGCAGAUCAGGCGAGCAGAGCACCUGUGCCAGCAGCUGCCGAUUCCCGGGGCGGUGGAGGAGCUACUGGCUGAGCUGAACGCCACCAUCACUGAUAUCAUCUCUGCUUUAGUAACCAGCACGUUUAUCAUUGAGAAGCAGCCUCCGCAGGUAUUGAAGACACAGACAAAGUUUGCAGCAACCGUUCGUCUGCUGGUUGGCGGCAAACUGAACGUCCACAUGAACCCACCGCAGGUGAAGGCCACCAUCAUCAGUGAGCUGCAAGCCAAGGCCCUCCUGAAGAACGAAAACACGCGAAAUGAGAGCAGCGGAGAGAUCUUAAACAACUGCUGUGUAAUGGAGUAUCACCAGGCCACGGGCACGCUAAGUGCACACUUCAGGAACAUGUCCUUGAAGAGGAUCAAACGCUCGGACCGGCGAGGGGCGGAGUCAGUCACCGAGGAGAAGUUCACCAUAUUGUUUGAGUCACAAUUCAGUGUUGGGGGAAAUGAAUUGGUUUUCCAGGUGAAGACGCUCUCUCUCCCUGUUGUGGUAAUUGUCCAUGGGAGUCAGGACAACAACGCCACAGCGACAGUCUUGUGGGACAAUGCGUUUGCCGAGCCGGGCCGGGUGCCAUUUGUGGUUCCAGAUAAGGUUCUUUGGCCGCAGCUCUGCGAUGCUUUGAACAUGAAGUUUAAGGCGGAGGUUCAGAGUAACCGAGGGCUCAGUGAUGAGAACCUUGUGUUUUUGGCGCAGAAAUUAUUUAACAACACCAGUAACCACAAGGACGACUACAACAAUAUGACCGUGUCCUGGGCGCAGUUCAAUAGGGAGAAUUUGCCAGGCUGGAAUUACACUUUCUGGCAGUGGUUUGAUGGAGUAAUGGAAGUAUUGAAAAAGCACUUAAAGCCUCAUUGGAACGACGGGGCUAUUCUGGGCUUUGUCAACAAGCAGCAGGCUCACGAUAUGUUGGUGAACAAGAGGGACGGGACUUUUCUUUUGCGCUUCAGUGAUUCUGAGAUUGGGGGCAUCACAAUAGCCUGGAAGUUUGAGUUGCCGGAGCGGGCCUUGUGGAACUUGAUGCCAUUUACCAGCCGAGAUUUUUCAGUGCGUUCGCUGGCGGACCGACUUGGAGACCUCAACUAUCUCAUCUACGUGUUUCCUGACCGGCCAAAAGACGAAGUGUUCUCCAAGUAUUACACCCCAGUGCUCUGCAAUUCUUCAAAAGGAGAUGGAUACGUGAAGCCAGCCAUAAAGCAAGUGGUUCCUGAGUUCGUGACCUCUGAUGUCAUCCCACCGAGCAGCUACAUGGACCAGGCUCCAUCCCCUGCAGUUUGUACUCAGCCACCCUAUAACUUGUAUCAGCAGAACGCUGACUCUGUACUGGAUCCUAACGGAGACUUUGACCUAGACGAUAGUAUGGAUGUGGCAAGGCAUGUAGAGGAGCUGCUCCGGAGACCCUUGGAUAACAGCCAGUGGAUUCCCCAUGCCCAGUCCUGAUGUAGUCCUAACUCACGCCUCACUGCCUCCAAAAAAAAUCAAAUGUGAAUUGUUUUCACAGAAAUCAAUUUUGGUAUUUUUGUGCAUGGUGAUAUAAGUAGGUUUUAUUUUAUUUUUAUGGUACUUUUUAUUUUAUUUUUCUUAUUUUUUUUUUGUCUGAAAAGCCGUAUCCUCACCUAUAUUUUCAGUUCUGUUUCCCAAAUAAUUAUUAUUUUUUUUGUCCACCUUUGAUGAACUUGCUUUCACGUCCUCAGGUUGCAUAUUGGGAGGUAAUGCCCCCCGGCCCCUCUAUUCUUUUGCCCCUAAACUUGCAGCACAAGAGGAGACUCUCUCGGUCUACGGUUCCACAUCCACGUGUUAUCUCUAGAUUGGCAGAACUGAGCACGUUGAGUCCCUCCCUGGUCCUUUAUGGCUGCCAGCUUUCAUUAUAUCGGAAGAAGAGUUCCCCCAUAUAUGGGGGGGGGGGGGUAACAGUAAGUCAGACAGUGGGUGGACAACCGCUUUACAGUUCGGGAUUUUUUUAAAUAUUCGUGUCAAUAUAAACCCUUAUGUAACAAUCUUUUAGGGGUUGCCCCCUGUCGGGGAAAACCCUUUACUAGAACCCCUUUUUUAAAAAGUAACCUUUAUUGGUAAUUUGAUAAAAUAAUACCCCACAAAAAAGUUUAAAAUUACAGCGGAUUUGAUAUGUUGUGUAAACUGUUGUCCGUUAUACACUUGUAAGGGGUAUAAAGGUCCAAAUUGCGCUUAUAAAGUCAUGUGCUGGUUAUCCAGAACACGUCAGCUAUUGGUACCCAAUCCCUAUACUUUCAUUAUCCUCCGCUGAUCUAAAAACAAACAACUACUAGCCUCCCCGACGUUUCGCUGAACGGAUCAGCUUUGUCAAGGGUAGCGAGGCUUUUUUAAAAAGGGGGGUUCUAGUAAAGGGUUUUCCUCAACAGGGGGCAACCCCUUAAAGGUUGUUACAUAUCAAUUUGCCCUGAAACCUCCAGGGACAUUUUUGUUGUAUUUAAAUAUAAACCCUUACGCCGCUUAGUGGGUCGUGAAACGUUGCGAUAAGCCACAAGCGGUGUAAAAGCCAUAGCCUGUGGCAGGGGUCUCCAAAGACGUUGCAAAAACUAAAACUCCCAGCAUGCCCGGACAGCCAACGGCUGUCCGGGCAUGCUGGGAGUUGUAGUUUUUGACACCAUUCGGCGUCCGCUGGUCGAGCUAAAUGUCAAUCAUGUUUACUUCGCAAGAUGUGUACAGUGUUCUCCGCCAUAUCUGAGCCCCCAUUGUGGGGGAAGGGUUAGAGAUAAGCGCUAAUAUAAGUGAACCCUGCCUAGGAUGAAUCAGGGUCGUGAGUUUUAUUUAACGUUAAAUAUAUAUUAAAAAAAUAUAUAUAAAAAUAUAUAUAUUCUUUAAAAUAUAACUAAUUAUAUGAAUUGUUUUUAUUUUAUUUUAUUUUUUGUUUUUUUUUCUCUCUCUCUUUUUCGCCACUUUUCUGAGAUGGCUUCUUUGGUAUUGAGGACGUCAGGGCAGUUAAGACCCUCCAGAAAUGUAUAAUGGCCGGUGUAAUUUUAUAAUACCCUAUUACAACAACCAUAACGCAAGUACAGCAUGGCGGGCGGCAAACACAAGGAGGAAUCUUCCCAUGAUUUUUAAAGUAGUCCCCAACACCACUUGGUGUCCUGUGAGGUUUUUGACCAUAUAAAGGCGACAUUUUUUACCACUCCUGGAAAUACUCUCGUACGUCAGAACCGUAUACUCCGUUCCCGCGAGAGGCCCGAUUGAUAGGGAACACAAUGCAAUUUCUUCAUUAUUGCAUUGUACAUAAGUAUAAUACAAUAAUAAAGAUUUUUAAGCCCAUAGGUCUUUAUUAAACAUUUUGCUUCGUUCAUCCUAUAUUUGACCUUCUUAGUAGAGUUCCACUUCGAAAUUCCACUCGGAAAUUCCGCCGCAGCAGGAUCCCAUUGCUGGCAAUGGUAUUCCGCUGCCCAGUGCACGCUACGAUAUGUCAGUGGCGGACGUUCUGUCUGCCACUGAAAGAACGAUCUUGCUAAUUUUUUUUGUCAGAAUCAGCCUCAAAUACAUUGUCGUCUAUGGGGACAGCAAUGGGCAUGCGAGUUCUAAUCAUAAUCCCUAGACGUAAUUUAUCCGCCCCUAUAUUGCAUAGUGUGGGCCAUACAGCACCUCACUGACACUGCAGGGUCAAUUUUGAUUGCAAAGAUGUCAUAGAUGGAGCCUGAACUGGGCUACGUUCCCUUUAAAGGAAACCUGUCAUUACUUUCAUGCUGCCUGAACCACCAGCCAAAUGGAUGGUACACAGUGGCUUCUGACUACUUGGAUAGCCUUGACCUAUUGGGUACAGGGGGAGAUCUAGCAAUGAAAGUUGCAGGGCGGAGAGAAGGUGCUAGGGCCCGCCCCUUUAAAAGGAACCUACCCCAGGUCAGGCUCCCUUUAGGACAACUUUGUAAUGUCCCACAUGUGCAGUAUGGCCCUAGACCCCUUACAGCUCCUCUAAGAAUUUAGAUUUUUUGCAAAAAUGUCUCCUGAGUGAAUGUAGAGAUAGUGGGCAUGCUCGGCCACCGUUCCAUCCGCUGUGUUUGAGCCUUCUGAACAUAGUAGAGUGCAGCUCUAGAGAAUGAAUGGAGUGGAGGUCAAGCAUGCACAGUACUGCUACAUUCAUUCAAAAAGAAGGGACCUCCAUUCUCACGAUCUGUUCUGUCUCCCCCCCCACCCCUCAUGAUUUUGUGGGAACAAUUGAAAAAGAAAAAAAAUGUGGCUAAAGAAGUAUUCUGGAUGCAGAAAUAUUUCUGUAUGUUGCCGGGGACGCUAUUCAAAUGAACAAAAAAAGGUCAUACUCCCCCGUCCUCCACUUCCAGCUUGCUAAGGCGGGACUCCGCUGUAGUUGGUGAUUGGCUUAUCAGCCUGUCACUGCCGAGACAUGUCCGGAGAGCCGGAAAACACCACAGCAAGAGCUGCCGACGUACCCAGGUAGGGGAGUAUGCAUUUGUUUUUUUUUUAUUGCGGCCUCUGUUACAUAUUUAAAAAAAAAGUGUAUCUAGAGUAUCACUUAAAGGUGUACUCCGCCCCUAGACAUCUAAGACUAAGAUGCCUGAUUCGGGGGGCUCCGCUGCUGCGGACCCCUGCGAUUUCGUCUGCAGCACCCCAGACAUCCGGUGCACAGAGCGAACUCUGCUCCAUGCCGAUGACUGACGAUACGGGGCGGAGUCUCAUGACGUCACGGUCACGCCCCGCUUGUGAUG